UGAGGCAGCGGCGGGCGGGCGGGAGCGUGUGUGGGGGGCGCCGCGUGAGGGGACGGUGCCGAGCCCCGGGAGGGUGCUGAGCCCCGCCGCAGCGCUCUGCCCCCACCGCUCGGGGCCCGAUCCGUCCCCCCAUGGCGGCGGCACGGAGCUACAACGGGUACCCGCGGCAGGACGGGCCGCCCUCCCCGCCGCUGGGCGCCGACAAGCCGCGCGUCCCCCUGCCCGGCGGCGGGGGCGGCGAGGGCUGGCGGGGAGAGCGGCCCCGCAGCGAGGAGGACAACGAGCUGAGCCUGCCCGGCCUGGCGGCAGCCUACACCUCCAUCCUGCGCUCCCUGGGCGAGGACCCGCAGCGGCAGGGGCUGCUGAAGACGCCCUGGAGGGCGGCCACCGCCAUGCAGUUCUUCACCAAGGGCUACCAGGAGACCAUCUCCGAUGUUCUGAAUGAUGCCAUCUUUGAUGAAGACCACGAUGAGAUGGUAAUUGUGAAGGACAUAGACAUGUUCUCAUUGUGUGAGCAUCACCUCGUUCCAUUUGUUGGAAAGGUACAUAUUGGCUAUCUUCCUAACAAACAAGUACUUGGCCUCAGCAAGCUUGCUAGGAUUGUGGAAAUAUACAGUAGAAGAUUACAAGUCCAGGAGCGCCUUACCAAACAAAUUGCAAUAGCCAUCACAGAAGCCUUACAGCCCGCUGGAGUUGGAGUGGUUAUCGAAGCUACGCACAUGUGUAUGGUAAUGCGUGGGGUACAGAAAAUGAACAGUAAAACAGUAACCAGCACAAUGUUGGGGGUAUUCCGGGAAGAUCCAAAGACCCGUGAAGAAUUCUUGACACUCAUCAGGAGCUGAAACUGUUUUUCUCUAAAUGCACUCUGGAGAUUGUUCUGUACAGUGUCACUGUCUGUUCUUACUUGUUCCUACAUCUCACUCAACUAAAUUGUUGUGAAUUGUUGUCAUAGUCUUUGUUCAGUAAAAGACUUCUGAUGGCAAACUGUAAUGAAGAGGUAGGCUCCUCCUGGAUUUCCGAUGAUGCUGAUAUCACAGAAUUACAGGCUACAAAUAAGGUUUUGAAAAUGCUCUUUCUCCAUCUACAGUGCAGAAUAUACUGCUGUUAGGAGAAAAGCGUGGUUUGGGAGUGAAAUGGAUAUUUAUGAAAUAGUUAUGUUAGUAGAAUAAAUACGGUGCAGCACAGGAAACAAUUGAAAGGCUGUGGAUCCUUGUAGGACCACUUACAUGCUGCAAAUACUUUUCUCUGCUGAAAAGGAUGGUCCUGAAUUGUCUCUGGCUAUACUUUAUUACAAGUCCUGCAGUGGCUGUUUCAGUAUCUGGAUAUGUAUGUUUUACCUCUUUGAGAUGUUACCUCUGGUGGUGUUUUAUAUUCUUGCUAGUAUUAACCCUCCUUUUUUUUGUUGAAUUUCUUUGAGGAUUUAAAACACACUUUUCCUACCCUCUUAACAUGCAGGGAAUUACCUUCUAAGUGAUUUGAAACAGUCUUAUCUCUCUGUAUUAAGGGUUUUAUGCACCUUUUUCUCUGUGCCUCAGAAGGUCUCACCACUUUAACUGUCGGUUUCUUACUAUUUUUAAGCAAACUUUAAGGGGGUGGGUGGGGAACCCAGAGUCUGUCUGCAAAGAGCUAAGAUAUCCAAAGAGGUUUUUUUAAUAUUUGUCUUGAGUUUUCCUUCUUGGAUUUCCAUGAGCUAGACUAAGAAACUAGAUCUAGUCUGAUCUGAAAAGGAAGAUUUUUUUCAAGCAUUUCAAGACUUGCAUCUCUUCCACAUUGGACCAAAGGUGGGCACUGAAAUCCUGAACGCAGCACAUUGUACUUCUGCCUGUUGGCAGGUCAUUCCAGGGCAAGGUAAACUGAAAUGACAACUUAUUUCAUAAGAGCAAUUGAGAAAAGCAUUUCCAUGGCCAUCAAAAUGAAUUAAACCACAAUUUUCUGUCUGUGGCAACCUCUGUAUGUGGCAGUAUUGGUACAAAAAGUUUCGGUCAGCUGGACUUGGCUGAACUUCUUCUACUUUGUUACAAUUUUAAUGGGAGUUUUGUAACUCUUAAUUGGGAAAACAUGAUGCACAAAUGAAAACCACCCUUCUCAAACUAAGCACAGGAGGCAAAACUUAACAAAGGAAAUGUCAGCCAGGGUGUCAGAUGCCCACAGCGCAGGUUCCCAUAGUCACACUAGCUAUGCUGAAUAUGAAUCCAAGAUGUUCUGUGCUAAACCUAAAAGGCAGUUCCUUGUCUGGCAAGCUGUGUCUUACCAACUUGUAUGCAUUCCUGCCUGUCACACAACCCUUGCGGGGAAACAAUGAAAAUCAAGCCAGGUCAAAUUUCCGUUGAGCCUAAAGAACUUUAAAGAGCACAAAUAAGACAGGCUUAAAAAAAAACACAAACACACCAAUUUAUUACUGUAACUACCCUCACUUCUUGCCAAUAGCCUCCUGUGUUUAAUAUAGUAGCUUUACCUUGGCCAUCUUCACAGGGUUAUUGGACAAAUGUUUUAUAAUAUUCUCUAUCUUGGAUUCUGUUAGGUGCUACAGAAGCUUGUCUGCUAGCAUGAACAAGCUGUGUGUUGCACACUUAUAAAAUACACUAACUCUAUGGCUUUCGUUCUCCUUAAAUGAUUGAGAGCAGUUAUCGCAGCUUUUCAGUUCAGUCUUGGUUUCAAAUAUUCAGCUGAAAAGCCUUAAGUCCUUCUUGCCUGAAGUUCAGAGUAAAACUCCUUUUUAGCUCAACAGUUGGGAGAUGAGUUUGAGGACCAAAGAGGUGCACACAACUGUUUCCCUCUGCUCGCUUUAGUUGCUUGAAAACUGAGUCUCUGUAAAACACGUUCUUACUCCUGAGGUAGUGAAAAGUUUGUUUUAACCACUUACCUCUAUUCAGGAUAAAGUUCAUAUUGCACCACCGCUGUUUUUUAUUUCCCUGUGACCUGUAGUCCUUAAAACAUACCUCUCUACUCGUGGCCUUGGAUUUUGUUCACAUUUGUCGUAAGACUUGGUGCAUUUUUUGGGAACAUUAAUAUUGGUCAAAUACAUGAGCUUUAACUACAACUAGUGUGUAUAUGUAUAAUUCCUACAGCCUACUCAUGUAUCACGUAAGUGUCUGUUGCCUCUAAAACAUUAAAGCACAGUAUUAUCCUUUGGA